CUUAGCAGUGCUUGUCUGGCAGCGGUAGGGGAGGGAGGGGUCGCCCGCCCGCCAGGAGAUGACAGACGCCCUGUCUCCCCGCGGCUGCCAGCCGGCCGAGCCGGCGGAGGAUGGCUACUUUCGGAAGGGAUGUAAUCCUCUUGCUGAGACUGGACGAAGCAAACUGCAAAAUCAAAGAGCUGUCCUAAACCAACAGAUUUUAAGAGCAGUAAGAAUGAGAGCUGGUGCUGAAAACCUUUUAAGAGCAACCACCAAUAACAAAGUAAGAGAGCAGGUACUACUGGAACUGAGUUUUGUAAACUCAGACCUGCAGAUCUUAAAGGAGGAAUUGGAAGGACUUAACAUCUCAGUAGAAGUUUAUCAAAACUCAGAAGAGACUUUCAGCAUUCCCUUGGUACCCCUGGGCCUGAAGGAAACCAAAGAAGUAGACUUUACACUCCCCCUCAAGGACUUUAUUUUGGAACAUUAUAGUGAAGACAGUUCUGAGUAUGAAGACGAAAUAGCAGAUCUCAUGGAUUUGAGACAAGCCUGCCGCACUCCUAGCCGAGAUGAAGCUGGCAUUGAGAUGCUGAUAAGUUAUUUCCUUCAACUUGGUUAUGUAGAAAACAGAUUUUUCCCACCCACCAGGCACAUGGGAGUUUUAUUUACAUGGUACGAUUCCUUCACAGGUGUCCCAGUGUGUCAGCCAAACCUGUUACUUGAAAAAGCUAGCAUUUUGUUCAACAUUGGAGCCCUCUAUACCCAGAUUGGAACAAGAUGCAAUCGUCAAACCCAGGCUGGACUUGAAAACGCUGUGGAUGCUUUUCAGAGAGCUGCAGGAGUCCUGAGCUACUUGAAGGAGACCUUUACUCACACCCCAAGCUAUGAUAUGAGCCCAGCUAUGUUGAACGUAUUAGUAAAAAUGAUGCUUGCACAAGCUCAAGAGUGUGUUUUUGAGCAAAUUGGUCUCCCUGGAAUACGCAACGAGUUUUUCACACUAGUGAAAAUGACACAGGAAGUUGCCAAGGUGGGAGAGGUUUACAUGCUGGUUAACACUGCAAUGAAUCAGGAGCCAGUGAAAGAAAAUAUCCCCUAUUCCUGGUCUAAGCUGGCACAGAUAAAGUCGGACCACUACAAAGCUCUGGCACAUUACUUCAUUGCCACCAUUCUGUGUGACCAUGAAUUGCAGCCUGGUGAUGACGAAGAUCAGCAGGAGAAAGCCUUGUCUGAGAUGUAUGACUACAUGCCUGAUGGACUGUUGGUUCUCACCGUUUUAAAGGACAAAGUUCAGAGAAAACAACUGGGGAAAGCACACUUGCGCAAAGCCAUCAUUUACCACGAAGAAGCUCUGAGAGUCUGCGGUCUGUGCAAAAAGCUUCGAAACAUUGAUGUUCUUCAGGAGGUUCUGACAGCUGCACACAAGCGCUCACUUCUCAAAUAUGCUCAGCAAGAGACAGAAGAUGACUUUCUCAGUCUAAUCCAGGCUCCAGAUAUCCUCCCUAAAACAGAGCAUAAAAUAGAAACAAUUGCUCCCCAGUUAUCGAAGGUCAAAGUUAAAGACUUCUUUCACAGGCUGGGCCCACUGACAGUGUUCUCAGCCAAGCAGAGAUGGACAGCUCCACGUACCAUUCAUAUCCACCAUGAAGCAGGAGGGCUAGGAUUCAGUCUUAAAGGAGGCUCACCAGCACAAAUCUGUUGUCUUGAUCCAGCGUGUUCUGCAGCGUUAAUGGGCCUAAAAGAAGGCGACUACAUAGUUUCAGUUGGUGGCGUGGAUUGCAAGUGGCUCGGAGUGAAUGAGGUGCUGGAAAAAUUCAGAAGUGUGGGAGAGCAGCCCAUCAAGUUUGAGGUUAUCAGCUGCCAGGAUACAACGGCAUCUCUGCAUAGUAAGAGUGCAACUUACUCAGUGGGAAUGCAGAAGACAUACUCCCUAAUCUGUUUAGCCAUGGAAGAGGAUAAGAUUGAUCAGACGAAGAAAGCCCCACUGAAACUGCCUUUUCUAAGUUGGGGAACUAAAAAUAGACAGAAAGCUGCAAGCACCCUCUGCCUGCCUUCAGCUGUGGCUGGAAGCUCUCAGGUUAAGAAGCAGCUUUCUCCCUUCACAAUUCUGAAUACAGAAAGCUCAUUGUAUUGAAUCUUUCAGAAGGAUCUUUUAACAUGAUGUGUUUCUUUUGAAUGUAUAUAAAAGUGUUGAUCAAUUUUAUUUCUAUAUAUACACAUGUAUAAAUUCAGACAAAUGCCACUGACAAUUUACUGUGCAUUGAGCCAUUGUGAAGGUCAGGGGCUGGCAAAAACUGUAAAACUUACAUACUGAAGGUUAGAAUGAAGUGGUUUGGGAGAUACGCAAUAAGAAGAUGUCGAUGAUGAAAUUGCUUAGGUGAGGACUGGAUUCCUUUGGAAUUUCAAAAUACAGUAUCAUGACUGAUUUUUUUUUUUUUUUUUUAUA